GACAAAUUAUUAAAGUGAGGUUUGAGCCUUGGGGUUUGUUUUUGUAUUGUGUGAUUAUUUUUCGCAUAUUAUUUCUGCUAUAAUUAUUAUAAAACCAUGUCUAAACCAACUGUUUACGAUUCCCAUAGCGAGGGUCCCGGUUUUGUUGGAAUAAGGUUUUGCCAAGAAUGCAACAACAUGUUGUACCCGAAAGAAGACAAAGAAAACAAGAUUUUGCUGUAUGCCUGCAGAAAUUGCGAUUAUAAGCAACAUGCAGAUUCCAAGUGCAUUUAUGUUAACAAAAUUAUGCACGAAAUUGAUGAAUUAACUCAUAUUGUCUCAGAUGUUAUAUCUGAUCCCACUUUACCAAGAACUGAGGAUCAUCAUUGUCCUGUUUGCCAGCACAGGGAGGCGGUAUUUUUCCAAGCCCAAACCCGCAGAGCUGAAGAAGAAAUGAGAUUGUACUACGUCUGCACCAAUCCUCAUUGCGCUCAUAGAUGGACAGAAUAAGUAAAAAUGUAUUUUGUUCUAUAACAAAACUAGGAAUCUACAAAUAAAAACAAACUACAUUCAGAAAUAUAAUAUUGAUGAAAUAUGAGUAUUUAUUUAUUUAGCCACCAAGUAUACAUGACUGUUUAUAUUUCAAAUCCUUAUAACUAAUAAGCGUGAUUUUUAACGAAUAAUCCAGCAUCGCCAGCUUUGCCUUGAACGGAACCAGCCCUGUAUUUACCAAGGGAUGCUUCAC